UACAUUCGCAAUGCUCAUGGUUUAAUUAAAACCAAAACUUAACACUAAUUGUUUAUUCGACUAAAAAUACUUCAACGUUGCUUAAAAUAUGCACAAAUUAGUUUCAAAGUACCGAAAAUAGUUCCAAAAGUAUCAACAUAUAAUUUAAGGUUAUAAUUUCAAAAACACCGUCAUUUGAGUGUUUGUUGUUCCACUUUAAACAAUUACAAAAUGAGUGAGGAAAACCAGGACUCUUCGCCACCACAAAAACGCGUCCACGAAGACGAAGACGAAAAUGAAAACUCAGACUCCAACGAUUUCGUCGGUCCCUCCGUGGAUUUGGCGGCGCCGCCGAAGAAAAAGAAGUUCCUGCCCCACGAAAAGCUCUAUUUGGAUCGUAUACCGUGCGCCGAGUCGUACGAAAAAAGUUACAUGCACAGGGACACGAUAACGCACUGCCUGGUCACGAACACGGAUUUCAUCAUAACAGCCAGUUGUGAUGGUCACAUUAAGUUCUGGAAGAAAGUGGAGACUGGCAUAGAGUUCGUGAAGCACUUCCGCAGCCACCUGGGGCCUAUUUCUAAAAUUGCCUGCAAUCAUGAGGGAACCUUACUGUGUUCGGCCUCCCUGGACAAGUCGCUGAAGAUUUUCGACGUCGUCAACUUUGAUAUGAUCAACAUGAUGCGGUUUGAUUAUGUGCCUUACACUGUUGAAUGGAUACACAACUCAGGUGACCCCAUACACACUUUGGCUGUGUCGGACGUGGACUCCAGUAAAAUUUAUAUCUAUGACGGCAGGGGGACGAACACCCCUUUAAAGGUACUGGAGAAAAUCCACAUGAAACCCGUGUCGAUAAUCAAAUACAACCCCAAGUUUGACGUUGUUAUUUCAGUGGACAAAUCGGGGAUGUUAGAAUAUUGGACGGGUAUAAAACAAGAUUGUAUAUUCCCCAAAAAUGUGGCCUUCGAUUCAAAACUAGACACUGACUUAUUUGAAUUUGCUAAGAUUAAAACAGUCCCGACUGGUCUGGUUAUUUCGCCUGACGGCCGGAAGUUCGCCACCAUCUCUGUGGACAGGAGGAUCAGAGUUUUCAACUUUUUAACGGGUAAAUUAACCAGAGUUCUGGAUGAAUCCUUGCCUCGAUUCACUGAGCUUCAACAAAAGACACAACAGUUGCCCAACAUGGAGUUUGGUCGAAGGAUGGCUGUGGAAAGGGACUUGGAAAAGUCUGAGGCUCUUCACUUAGCCAACAUCGUUUUUGAUAACAGUGGGUUUUUCAUUAUGUACGCAACUUUGUUGGGGAUUAAACUGGUUAACUUGCACACCAAUAAGUGCAUCACCAUUAUUGGCAAAAAUGAAAACUUGAGAGUAUUAAACAUCGCCUUGUAUCAAGGCUCAGCAAAGAAGAACAAGGCUGCUGUAACACUAGAAAUCGAAGCCUCCAACAACCCAACUCUGGAGGCUAUUCAGCCAGACCCCACAUUAGUGUGCACCGCUUAUAAAAAGUCAAGGUUUUACCUGUUCAGCCGGAGAGAACCGGACGAAAUUCAGGGCGACCAGGACAGGGAUAUCUUCAACGAAAAGCCCAGCAAAGAGGACACCUUCGCCGCCACCGAUAAUCCAGCCGUCCAACGACUGUACGAGAACGCCGUCAUUCACACAGUUUUCGGAGACAUACACGUUAAGUUGUUCAUGAAGGACACGCCGAAGACUGUUGAGAACUUCUGCGUGCACAGCAAGAACGGGUACUACAACGGGCACAUCUUCCACAGAGUAAUCAAGGGAUUCAUGAUACAAACGGGGGAUCCCACAGGCAACGGCACAGGGGGUGAGAGCAUCUGGGGAGGCGAGUUCGAGGACGAAAUCAAGCCCCACCUUCGCCACGACCGACCGUACACCGUGUCGAUGGCUAACGCCGGCCCCAACACGAACGGCAGCCAGUUUUUCAUAACUCUGACGCCUACGCCGUGGCUGGACAACAAGCAUACGAUUUUCGGGCGGGUUGUCAAGGGGAUGGAGGUGGUGCAGAAUAUCAGCAACGUCAAAACCAACGCUAAAACCGACAAGCCCUAUGAUGACAUCAGAAUUAUUUCAGUUACAGUUAAAUAGUAUAAGAAUAAAUGUUUUAAUUUUUA